CGAGGAAUAAAUAUAGCCAUGUCAAUUGUUUCGCGGACGCUGCUCCGGACAACGCGCGGGCAAUUUUUCCCUAGAUAUGUCUGUCGGGAAUGUCGACAAUUCAGUACGACUGUGAAUUUGUGGUCCGGCCAUAACAAGUGGUCAACAAUCAAACAUGAUAAAGGGAAGAAUGACGCCAAGAAGAACAAACAGCGCACAAUUCUGGCCAAAGAAAUAGCUCACGCCUCAAGUUUAUUUGGUCCUGAUCCCAACACCAAUCCUCGUCUGGCUUUGGCGAUUGCGAAUGCGAAACGGGCGAGCUUUCCAAAAGCAGGAAUCGAAGCAGCAGUUGCACGAGGGCAGGGCAUAUCGAUUAAUGGAAACGCCCUCGAGAAUCUGACAUUGGAGGCCAUAUUUCCGCCAUCGAUUGCGCUCGUUAUCGAGUGCCAAACGGAUUCGAAAGCUAGAGCUCUCCAGGACCUUCGGCUGGUGGUCAAAGACCAUGGCGGCACCGUUACUCCAACGACUUACCUCUUCGAGAAGAAGGGGCGGGUGAUUUUCGAAAAGAAUGAUUCAAUCGAUUCAGACGCAAUCUUUGAUGAGGCUGUGGAAGCUGGCGCAACGGACGUCACCGAGGACUCCGAGGGAAGAAUAAUAGUCUUCACAGAGCCGAAUCAAACCAAGGUUAUUGGAGACUCUCUGGUAAAAGCAAAAGGCCUGCAGUUGGCCACUUCUGAGAUAAUAUGGGACCCGAACGAAGACACCAAAGUGGACAUACAAGAUGAAGACACCAUCAAAGCACUCGAGGCCUUCAUUGAUGAGGUCCAAGAGGUCGCCGGUGUGCAAGAAGUGUAUAUGAACAUGGCAUGAUGCAUUUUUCUUUCUUCGAAACCCAUAAAGAUAUAGAGCGGGGUUCUCAAUAAUGUACAAAGAAGUAGACUUGAAUAUACAAAUCUGCUUUCUCCUCCCGCACCAUUUGGGAUGUGAGAAGCGUAAAAAAUUCAGUAUUCCAGCAGUACCC